GACACACCAUUAAUAUUGUGACGACGCUGUUUAACCUUGGGAAAGUUAAUAACUGUAAACAUUUGCACAAAAAAGUUUGGAGUCUAAUAAGCGAACAUAGCGUCAGUGAGGGCGGCUCAGGUAGUCGUUCCAAGGGCGUUGCAGCCUCCCAUGAGUGGUCCAACGAUGAUCACAUAGGCGCUCAGUGGCCGGCAGCAUUUACCCGCCGCCGACGACCUAUAUCGCACGUUUCGUAUUCCUCCGCAAAAUAAACAAUGUAUUUCGCGACGACCGAUGCUUACCACCUGUUAUAACCUUAUUUAUUUAUUAAAAUCACGUUCUUGGGUUUUGUUUACAAAAUGUGGCCUCACAUUUUUCUAUUCGUAUUCGUUAAUAUAGCACCGCGCGUUGCUGCUGAAGAUUUUAGUGAUAAUCAGACAAAAGUUUUUCGAAAAUGUUGUCUUAGCAGUCAAAGUCUUAUUGGAGUGAUCGAAGAAAGUGAACUGUAUAAAUGUGUUGAUAAUAAGUUCUUAGAAAAACGAUAUCAUCUUACCAAUGAACCCCUUUACGUGGGUCAAAGUGUUGUGAUCAGGCAUGGUCUGCCUACUGAUUGUGAUGAACUGGAAGUUAUACAAAUACGUGUUGCUGAAACCGAGCUGCAACCGUGGGAUAAUAUUUGCUAUGAUAAGUUGGUUGCUGAGAUUCUUAACGGCACCCUUAAAUCAAACAUUCCUAAAACAGUUGCUUUAACCUGUAACCGCAGUGAGGAGACGAUUACAUCGGAUUUUAAGCUACAAAUCAGUCAAAUACGUAAAUGCUGUCCACGGGGCCAAAGUUUUGAUGUAGAAUAUCACGAAUGUAGAUUAAAUUUCCAGGAAGUCGAUAAAGAUUGGAUAUCCAAUAAAUUGGAUUUUAAUACAGAUGACAUAUAUGAUAUAGAGUAUGGACUCUCUUGUAAAAUUGACGAGUAUGCUGUGGAAUUGGACGAAGAAGCCUUUGUAUUAUCAGACGAAGGAAGUAAUUUAUUAGUAUCAAAGACUACUGGAGAAAAAAUCGGCAAACUAACGCCAGGAGAGUGGUGUAUGGAUAAUGUACAUGGGGGACAUAAACUACUAGCUCAAGUUUGUACUCGCAACUGUGAUCAAUUUAGUGCUUUUUGUGUUAGAAAAUGUUGUCCUCCCGGGCAGCAUUACAAAGUCCGUCAUUGCGGAACAUUUGCGAGCAAUUGCAUACCCAAUGAGGAUCUUAAAGGAUCAUUCAACAUUUCCUCGUAUUUAGAUCCUUUACGAGAAUAUAACAAAAACCUACUGGAUGUGAUGGGCGUACGUAUAGAUUUACAAUGUCCACAUUUAAAAUUCGUUAUGAACAAAUCACAGCCUCAAGACAAGCAUUGGUUAAACAGAGAUUCUUUCCUGGAGACGUCCACUCUUCACACUAAGGAUUAUUGUCUGGAAGUCUUCGAUCGACGGGAAUGUCCGUUUGAUGACGUUGUAGUGAGCAGUGUUCUUUGCUUCGAGCCAGCGAUAGCAACUAAGGAUUUCCGCAUAUCAUUCAUAGUUAUCACAAUAUCGUGCGUCUGCCUGGCGCUUACGUUGAUCGUCUAUUGCUCUUUGUCCGAAUUGAGGAACCUUCAUGGACGUACUCUGAUAUGUCACGUGAGCAUGAUGCUGUUGGCUUGCGGUUGUCUUGCAAGAGUUCAGCACAGUACCAUUGCGGAUCGUAACGUCUGUACAUUGUUUGGGUACGGCAUAUACUUCGGCUUUGUAGCAGCGUUUGCUUGGCUCAACGUCAUGUGCUUCGACAUCUGGUGGACAUUUGGGAGUAUCCGCACGGUUAAACCCCUUCGCAAGUCCAGUUCAGACAGGCGCAGGUUUAUUUGGUACUCUAUUUAUGCUUGGAGUGUCACUGUGGUACUAACUACGACAAUGUUUCUUUUGGACCGGUAUCCUAUAUCACGAAUAUUGGACGCUAAUAUGGGAACUAACGCCUGCUGGUUUGGAUCUCAGCAAAACAAAAGUUCGGACUGGCCACAUUAUAUAUUCUUUGUGAUACCAAUGGGUAUAGUUACGUGCAUAAAUUUCAUAUUGUGGCUUCUUACGGCUCGUCAUUGUGCACAAGUGAAGUCUGAGGUUCAUCGUUUGCAGGCUGGUUCAGUGGGUGAUCGUGAGAAACGAAGAUUCAGGAUUGAUAGAGCAAAGUACGUUCUGACCGGAAAGCUUUGGGUGGUGAUGGGUGCCGGAUGGAUAUCAGAACUUCUUUCCACCGUAUUUACGGAACCUCAAUGGUUUUGGAACAUCGUCGACCUUUUUAAUGAAUUGCAAGGAGUUUUCAUAUUCCUCAUUCUAGUAGCCAAGCCUAAGGUGUACUUUCUUAUCAAAAAGCGCCUCGGCUUAUCGCCGACACCGAUUGAUACAAGGUUGGAGAAGCCGGAUGCGCGAAACAACGCUACUGCAUCUGGUCGAACCUCUUCUACCUUCCUGUCCAGGACAAUUAGCUCUGAUGAACGUGCUAACCUGCGGACUUCAUUGCCCAAUAACAUCAAGCAACCCUAGUUUAAUAGUUCAUUAUAAACUGUAGUACAAGUGAGCGCUGUUGAUAAUUAAAGCUCGAAGACGCGAAUUAUUAAUACCUAACAUUUUAAUUAUCAAUGUACGCGACUUGCCAUACUACGUAUUCAAUGACUUUUCAUUACAUUUGUUAGUAAAAUAUGCUUAAAGUAAAAGAGUUUUUAACAUUUUGUGUAACAGUUUGGCAUGCUUGCAGCAUAAAUAAUAGAGGACACCUUAAUUAUUGCUACAACCGAAAAACAUAAUUUUGUUGUCGGCUAAAUAUAUCUGUCGGCUGCUAUUAACUGUCAGCUGUAUGAAGACUACGAAGUUGAAAUCAUUUUCCCAACCUAACUUUAAUAUUGCAUUAUCGACUUAAUAUAAGACACGCAUUACUUAUAAAUAAAAACAGUUCGCUAUCAGUCUGCACGUAGGCGUGAGCAAUAUUAAGAUAACGUUAAAGUUUGGCAGCAAAUAUACAAGCCACUUUGCAAGAAAAAUUAUUUGAAUUCUAGAUUGUAAAGUAGUGAAAAAAAACCUAUCUCUUUCAUUCCAUAUGUUUAAUCUUUAUAGGGAUGAUAAUUAAGACGAUAAUCUUUAAAAUAAAACAGAGGUAUGUUUUGUAGGUAAAGUGAAUACCACACUGCCGCGUCCAACCUUAGUCCUUAGAGGCGUUCAAUUUUGUGUCUUGCUUGCGGCCAAUGACAGUAGGUUUAGUAGGUAAAAAAUUUGUACGCUUGGAAACGUGGAGUCACUCUUGUCUAUCAAAACACUACACCGUCGUAGCAAAAUAGACCAUAGUCA